AAAUGGCUGCCUUUGUAUCAUCUUCAACAUUGCUGUUAGUAGUUUAAUAUAAAUAUGUAUAGAAAUCUGUGAUUCCUGUGUAUUUUUAAGAUACACGAAGUAAUCAAAUUGCGAUCACAGAAAAAGUGUUUGAUAUUUGUAUUAAAUUUCUUAUAUAUAUAUAUAUGUCAAAUAUGACAUCGUUUGUAGCAGAUGUAUUAACUACAGCAGGGAAGUUUGAAAUAGUAAAUCUUCAAAAAAAUAUUGCUGAAAUACAGAAACAAAUGACAAAACUAGAAUAUGAAGUUAAAGAUUUUAUGGAUGACAAUUAUGUUGAAUUCAGUGCAAAAUUGACAAGAGAUGUGCACUUAGUUAAGAAGACUGAGCAACUAUUGAAAGAGAUGGAUACUUUGCAGAACAGAAUAAACGAUCAAGUUAAAAUAGAGUUGCCUGGUUUGACAAAAGAAUUGAAAACUCUCUCUCAAAAGUUAAAAGAAUCAAACAUUAGCUUAAAAUUGUCUCAUCAGUUGAUAAAUUUAUAUGAAUAUAUAAAAUCCAUAAGGGAAAUGCAAGAAGAAAAACGAUAUAUCGAUACUGCAAAAACUCUGUGGCAAAUACAAUCUUUAUUGGAUAAUCCCCAUAGUUGUCUGCAAGAUCUUGAUAUAUAUAUGGCAAUCAAAGAUGAAUAUUGCAAUCUCUUCCGUUCAUACUCACUAGAAGUGUCUCAACUCUUACAUGAUUGUAUUUGUUGGAAUAAUGAUGUGAAAGAUAGCAAAACAAUUAUUUCUAUUACUAUCAAAAGUGAACAUGAUAACAUACAGGAAUUAAUACAAGCAUUGCAUAUCAUCAAUAAUCUUGACAACUUCUUGCAAAAAUUUUUAAUGAACUUGAUGAAUCAUGUUAUUAAUCCUAUCAUUCAUGAUCAUUGUUCAGUAUAUGUUAUCAAGGAGAGAGUGUUUACCAUCGAAAUAUUGGAGAAAAAAAAGAUGCCAUGUUUCAAAAGUGUACUGUAUAAUUUAAAACUGCUCUUUAAAUUUCUUCAUCAACAUCUGAAUUUAACAGUUACAGAUAACGAAACAUUUCUGAAAAAAAUGCAACCACAUUUGCUGAAGCAAUUAUCUCAUUCUUUAACAACAGAUUGUAUUUCAUAUACCAUUCCAACUUCUAAUGCAAAUCUAAAGAAUUUCGAGCCUGUUGUCGAAGCGAUUAAUGAAUUUCAAGAUUAUUUAGUAGAAAUCGAAUUUCUUUCUAAGGACGAGCUCUUUUUAUCAGAGUAUACAAAUAAUAUUGAUAAACUUUUUAUUGAUAGAAUGUGUCAGGAUUUACUAGUUAAAGCUAGAAAUAUAAUGAAGAAAGAUCUACAUGAUUCUAUUCGAUGUGAGCUACAGGAACCACCUUCAUUUAUCAAUAAAGCAUUUAAAAAUAGUUAUGAAUUAUUGAAUGAAAAAACAUUAAAGGAUAUGUCAUUUUAUUUACCGAAAUGUCAAAUCAGCAAAAGCGUACAAGAAAUAUUGGAGUUAGCAAGGACAAUAUUAGAUGAAGCUUGCAAUAGUUCGGAUGCUUGUGCUAGUAGAUUAUUUUAUACAUGUAGAAAUAUAUUCGAAAUGUAUGUUGGUUUGGUGCCCGAACAUCAUAAAAAAUUUUUAGAAACGAUACCACAGCAAAUUGCUCUGUUUCAUAAUAAUUGUAUGUAUCUUGCUCAUCAUCUACUUACAUUGGCACAUGAAUAUAAAGAUAAAUUCCCGAAAAAUUUACAAAAAAUGAAUUUUACAUUUUCGGAUCAAGUCGUGAUAUUCCGAGAAGUUGGUUCGCAAUAUUUUUUAGAACACAUGAAAUAUCAAAAAAAUAUAAUUUUUGACAUCAUCAAGGACUCAGGUUUUUCGGGAUUGGGACAAACAUCUGAGUUACAUCCUAGCACCGAGCGUGCAUUGAGACAAUGCAUCAGACAAUUGGAAUUAUUAAAAACUGUUUGGCUAGACGUAUUACCUGUAAACAUUUAUUGCAAAGCUGUUGGAUGUAUAACAAAUUCUAUGAUUGACGAUUUAAUAUCAAAAGUUAUAACUGUUGAAGAUAUUCCAGCUGAUGUAGCAACAGAACUGGUAACUUUAUUCAAUAUGGUGGUAAAACGAACACCACAGAUAUUUCCUGAUCAACAGAUACAACAGCAUGUACGAAAAUGGGGGAAAUUUUUGGAAUUAAUUAAGAUACUUGGUGCAUCAUUGAAAGAAAUCGAAAUUAGAUGGGGAAAUGGGAAAGGAUUGUUAGCACAAGAAUUCACUGCUGCACAAGUUAAACAACUGAUUCGAGCAUUAUUCCAAAACACUGAACGAAGAUCUAAUCUUUUAGCCUCUAUAAGAUAAAAAGAUAUGUAUAAAAUAUCUAUCAAAUAUGUACAAAAAUUUUAAAUGUAUAA